UUGCUGUUGGGGGACACUCGUAUGGAGCGUUUAUGACUGCAAAUCUCCUUGCUCAUACUCCUCAUCUUUUCUCCUGCGGAAUAGCUCGAUCUGGCGCUUACAACAGAACACUCACUCCAUUUGGUUUCCAGAAUGAGGACCGAACAUUGUGGGAAGCUACUAACGUCUAUGUCGAGAUGAGCCCAUUCAUGUCUGCUGAUAAAAUCAAGAAGCCAAUCUUGCUCAUCCGUGGUGAAGAAGACAAUAACCCAGGAACUCUAACAAUGCAGUCGGACAGAUUCUUCAACGCACUGAAAGGCCAUGGCGCUCUUUGCCGCCUUGUUAUUCUUCCUCACGAGAGCCAUGGGUACUCAGCACGGGAAAGCAUUAUGCACGUUCUCUGGGAAACUGACCGCUGGCUUCAAAAAUACUGUGUUCCAAACACAUCAGAUGCAGACUCAAGUCCAGACCAGUCCAAAGAAAUAUCAGAUUCUGCAGACAGAGUAGCUACUGCCACAGGAGGUGGUAAUCCCGAGUUUGAAGAUCACUCCAAGCUUAGGAGAUCACUUCUCUGAGUCUCUGUGCCCGGUAUGCUUUGGUUUCUAAAGGCAGAUACAGCAUUCUAAUGCACUUGCGGAAACAGAGGAACACAUCAGUGGCAAAUGCAACCCACAACUUUUUUUAUAUUUGUUUCGUAAAACAUUCUGAUUCAUAUAACAAAGGCCUACGAAAGUGUGUUGAAACACACACUGUCGAGUGACUUGAUG